AUGCACGACAACUCAUUUACUGACGACACAGCUAACUUAACUGAACGUGUACGCCGGUUGGAAGCACGCAUGUCUUUGGUUGAACGGCGCCGUUCUCCAUCCAGGGGUAGUUGGACCGGUAAUGGACAAGGGAAGCAUCUUCCUAGAAAGCUGGAAAACACGAUCGGUUUUUAUGGUCCGGGAGUAGAUAUCAAUCCCGGCUCAAUGUUGGCUGUACGUCACGUGGUGAUGUCCUUAACCGAACGUCUUGAUGAACAGCUUAAUCGACUGGAUAUGCGUAUCUCUAAGUUGGAAACGACCACAGGCCAGACAUCGGUGGAAAAUGGAGCCACGUCUCGUUUGAGCAAUGAAGUCCGAAUUGUGAAGGCUAAGAUAUCCGCCCUUGAAAUUGAGGUGAAUGCGCUUAGUCGGAAGGUUGAUGAACAGUAUAACCGCCUAACCAUGAAUAUGGACGCACUGGUAAGUUCAUGUCCAUCCGUUGUACGAUUACAUGCGUCCAGACUUCGAGGAGAAAUGGACAGCAAGUUGGCUGGUUUGUCGCAGAAAUUGUUGAAAUGUAGUAAUCAAUUUUCUCCUGGUUCAUCACUUGAUCCGGCAAAUCCCAACGAUAAUGUCGAUCCGAAAUGGACAAAGCUUACUGAGGAUCGGUACAAACACAUGCUGGAUGGACUACAGGCACGCAUCGAUGAACAACUUAAAGUGCUUCACUUUCGGCUUCAGCAAGUGGGGGAUGCACAGAGUGAGCUUCGCGCCAAACUGGAUAUGGAACAAUUCGGAUUCCGUAAACUGUGCAGCGAAGUUGCACAAGAUGUUUCAUCCAAGAUGAUUCAACCGGAUGAUCGGAAGCAGUCCAAACCAUGGCAGACUUGUCAGUUACCGCAGCGGUCGGCUGAUGACGAUUUAGUAACAAACCACGCCCUAAUACUUCAAAAGCUGCACUCGAUCAAAUACAAAAUCAGCGCGGAGCUUAGUCUGCUGAAGCGUCAGUGGCACGAUGAUACCCAGCGUUUAUCAAGUCAAUGCAGGGAAAUUGAAGAUAAAAUUUCAUCGGUUGGUAAGCGCACCAAUGAUGAUAAGCUGGAAUUGGAGGGAGUUCUUAGCGCCGAAAUCAAGACAAGACGGACACACGAGGCUAAUAUGCAUAAUCAUAUCAAACGCAUCGAGGAAAGACUGGAUAGUGUGUCUGGUUCCUUGCGGAAUUCACUUAACGAAUUACAAAUUUCAUUGUGCGCCACACGCCCAACGCGUUCAGGCAUCAAACGCGGUGAUUCCUCCGAGAAGACUGAUGCCAGAGCAAUAGCGAUAAAAGAUAUUUAUCGCCGCCUAGAGGAGUUAAACGAAGUACACAAACGACAAUACAACAACCUGCAUAAAGAGAUUGCUUAUUCUUUGUUUAUUUUCUUAUGCGAGGUACGUGCGGAAGCAGAUCGCUUGAACAAAUCGCGAGGGGACUUGCACAAAACGUUGGAGAUGAAAUUUGACGAAUUACUUAUGGUUUUUCUUAGGAAAAGACAGUUUGCCCUUCUGCACAACGAAAUGGUGAACGUUCAGAUGAGGAUUUCCCAACAAAUGAACGUUGAAACUAGUUCAGAGGAGAUAUUCUCAUGCGAAGGGCAGAUCGUCCUCUACUUAUCUGUCCUUAUUUUGGAUAUGAUGGCAUUGAAAUCUUCCCCGAAUUAUUAUUCUGAUAUUGUUAUCUUUCAGCAAGCAUCAGAAAUCCGGGAAGUUGCUGAAAGUCUGUUGGCAGUAAAACUGGCGCUGGCCAUGAAAAUUAAAUCGCUGGAGCUGAAGGUAACAUUCUUU